GUGAUCAAACACACGUGUCACAAGGAGAAAGAGAAUCAGCAGCAUCAGAAUUGCUGGAUCUCGUCCAGCUCCGGCUGUUUAUCCUUAAUCCAGGUUUUACUUCUGGUUGCCUGCUAGGCUUUUUUUUCUCCUCUGCCUCUCUCUCUCCCUCUCCCCUAUCGCUCCUCCCUUUUGCAAUCCUAUAUUAACAAGCUAAGCUGGGAAGAAGGAACACAGUUCAUUGUUGGCAACUACAGAUGCCUUUAGCUGUAGAGUGAGGGAUCCUAGCUCUCUGCAGCAAGAUCACAUUACAGGGUCACCCAUUAGAUUACAAAGGGGAGAGCUGCUCAACCUUCCUAUAUGCUGACUUUUACUGCCUGAUCCUUGUACAAGCAGUAUUUUGGGAUCAAUCGUAAGGGGUAAGUGUGUAUUAUUUAAUGAUCUUGUUAUGAGCCCUGUUCAUUGUCUGUGGCUCAUGGAGUCUGUGAGAUAUGACAGAUGGCAGGGCUGCAAUGAUAACGUAUUGUAUGCUUAAUAAUUUACUUUAUACUUGAAGUUCGAUAAGUAGUCAGUUUUAUAUAAUUUUGUUUUAAUUCUCUCUGCAACGAUAUCGGAACAGCUCUAUUUUGUGUUCUUAUUUUCAGCAUAUACAUAGAGUGUAUAUAGACCGUUUUUUGGUGUGUUUUUUUUUUUUGUUUUGUUUUUUUAGUGUCUUGGGUCUUGUGGUGUGGAUUUUUAUAUAUAUUUUUGAGGGGGGGUUAUGUGUUGUGGGUUAUUUGGGGUGUUUUUUUGGUUUUGUUUUCAUGGUUUGGCUAGAAGUAGUUUUCGGAUUGUAUUGUGUUAAAUCAGUAAGUUUUAUUAAAAGUAAGCAGUUUAUGUGCGGUGUGCUAUAAUGAAGAAUAAUUGGUGUCUGCAUCCCUACAACACCCUGAAUGUAUUUAAUGGUUUUAAUAUCCUACGGUGCAUGUAGUCAUUUUUAAAUGUAGACACCAAGUGUUGUAACAGUGAUCACCUCUCAAACAAUUAUUAAAAAACUGCAUUUUGGCAGAUGGCAAUCUAUGGGUUACAAACCCCCUUUCAUGGUAGCUGACAUGUUUUGUAGAAAGGAUUCAUUUUGGAAUGGACGGUCUAAAUGUUGUCUGAGGAUCACUCGUAAGAUUAUCUAAGCUGCAGCCUAUAGCAUAUGGAUAAGUCUUGCAAAUGAUAGCAUAGCUUUGUUUUCAUUGUUGCAUGAGCCCAUGGCUGCUUAAUAUCCACCCCUUCCUCCUUCCCUGCUGUACUAAGUUGAAUAUUAGCGUCUCUGUAGUGUUGAUUACUGCAUUAAGGCUUAUGCCCUUGUGUUAUUUGUUCAUUAUGGGAAUGAUGACUUCUGCUGAGCAAGCCUAUUGGUGAUUAAAGGCGUUGAAAGAAUGUGAAGUGUUUAAUGCUAGCCUUUUGUAGGCAUAAGGUAGCAUGCUCAAUGUCAUGACAAAACUUUUUAACCCAAUUUAAAGGUGCAAUUAUUAUUUUUUUAUUUUUGUAUGCAUUCUUAAGAAUGCUGUGCAUUUCUGAAUAUGCUGCUGUUUAAUGUAAGAUCUCGUUCUGAAGAAGCUAUGUCCCAUUGAAAUGGCAUCACUUCUUACUGCUUGUAUGUGUUCUCCUGCAGCAUAUAGGAUAUCAAAGAUAAAAUGAUUUUAUGCUACAGCAUGAUAAACUGUUAUCUUAACCAUAAAAUAUCAGUUUCAAGUGUGUUUAUCUAAACAAUGCAGGAAAUGAAAGGGGUGUUGGUGACGCUCUUUAUGCUGCCUAUAGUCAGCCGAGUGCACAUUCAUACAAGCACAAAUGGGGAAAGUAGAUCUCAAUGAUAUGGUACCAUUGCACAUCUGUAAAGGAAAGCUUCUUAACCUACAGUAUCAUAAUGGAUUGUUGUAAUUAUCAAUAAAAUACUUUGUUUUUGGGUUUUUUUGGUCAUUCUUUUAUAAAUGUCUAAUGUGUGUUUAAUUUCUCCCAGGUGUGCAAUGGCCGAACAUAUGAUGGCAAUGAAUCACGGCCGAUUUCCAGAUGGAACAAAUGGUCUUCACCACCAUCCAGCUCAUCGAAUGGGAAUGGGUCAAUUUCAGAAUCCUCACCAUCAUCAACCGCAGCAACACUCUUUUAACAGUUUAAUGGGUGAGCACCUGCACUAUGGAGCAGGGAACCUAAACUCAAACAAUGGCAUCAGGCAUGCCAUGGUGGCUGGGAAUGUAAAUGGUGGUCAUCCGAAUAACGGCAUGGCUCAGGCAGCGAGAUUUAACAAUGCACAGUUUAUGGGACCCCCUGUGACAAAUCAAGGAGCUCAGCUGACUGCUAGCAUGCAACUUCAGAAGCUGAACAACCAAUAUUUUACGCAUCAUCCGUACCAGCACAAUCAUUACAUGCCGGACUUGCAUCCUGCAAAUCAUCAGAUAAAUGGAACAAACCAGCAUUUCAGAGACUGCAAUCCAAAACACAACUCUGGCAUGUCUCCUUCAGUCAGCCAUGUACCUGCUGCAAUGCUGCCUCCUAGUGUCAUAGACACGGACUUCAUAGACGAGGAAGUACUAAUGUCCUUGGUGAUAGAAAUGGGAUUGGAUCGGAUCAAGGAAUUACCUGAGCUUUGGCUAGGACAGAAUGAAUUUGAUUUUAUGACAGACUUUGUUUGCAAACAACAACCAAACAGAGUAAGCUGUUAGAAUUGCCAUUUGGGGAAUAAAACAAAGACCUUGAACAUUCCUCUAUGGACAACAAAUCUUUCUUCCAGAGUCCACUAUUAAUCUGUACAGAAUUUUUAUUUUUCCCAUGAUUCCUGCAUUUUACUCAGCUUGUUCCCUGCAAAGUCGGUUAAUUGAGCCACUUUCUUCCUGAUGUAGGGCAUAUGAGCUCAUGUUCCUCUACCUUUUUAUAGCAAAUAAUCCUAGACCCCCAGUUUUAAUCUGUCUUGAAGUCAAUUUUCACUUUUCUUAUUUAUUUUCUCUUUUUACUCUUAUGCUUGACUAUAUCAAAAUGAAGAGCGAUGGUUUUUGGUUGCAUGAACCUUCGAUGCUGCCAUAUUGCUUCAUUUAAUCUAUGCAUUGGCUUUUUUCCUUCCCACCCUGCCUCCCACAUUCUAUGUAUGCUAAACUGGAAGUUUAACAAUUAUGGGCCAAACCUUGCUGGAUUAGGAUGUCCUACUGUUUAUUUAACUUGUAUUUUUUUAAUAUUGGUUUCACCCUUUAUGUACAGACAAGUGUGGGUGGAAUUGAAUCAGUGGAAAACAUUAAUUUUUUUUUUUUUUUGGUUUUCAAAAUGUUUGACACUGUGCUAAUAGUUACUUUAGUUCAUGAGAAAUACUACUGUGUUGAAAGCUUUUUAGGAAAUUUGACAGUAUUUUUGUACAAAACCCUUUUUUUUGAGAAAAUACUUGUUAAUUUAUUAUAUUUUAAUUUGCCAAUGUCAAUAAAGAGCUGCAAUGUGCACUAUUCUAGUUUG